AUGACCGCGGGCUCCGGCGUGCUCCUGGUGCUGCUCUCGCUCUCCGGCGCGCUCCGGGCCCAUGAGGAUCUUACAGCCAGGGAGACCUGCAAGGCUGGAUUCUCAGAAGAAGGUUACACGGCAUUAAUCUCCCCAGAUAUUCUGCAAGGAGAGAGGCUGCUCAAAGUUGAGUUCAGCAGCUGUCUGGGGAGCCAGGGGAUGCAAUAUGAGACCAACAGCCUGGACUUCAAAGUCGGGGCAGACGGGACAGUCUACGCCACCCGGGAGCUGCGCAUCCCCUCUGAGCAGGUGGCCUUCACAGUGACCGCAAGGGACCGCCGGACAGCUGAGCAAUGGGACGCCGUGGUGCGGCUGCUGGUGGCCCAGACCCGGUCCUCGCACCCUGGACACAAGAGAGGAAAGAAGAAAGACGUGACCCUGGACCCCUCCCAGCCCCCAAGGGACAUGCUGCUGCCCUGGCCUCCGCACCAGCGCUCCGGGGGACUGAGGCGGCAGAAGCGAGACUGGGUCAUCCCCCCCAUCAACGUGCCGGAGAACUCACGCGGGCCCUUCCCGCAGCAGCUCGUGAGGAUCCGGUCUGACAAAGACAACGACAUUCCCAUUCGGUAUAGCAUCACGGGCGUGGGCGCCGACCAGCCCCCCAUGGAGGUCUUCAGCAUCGACUCCAUGUCUGGACGCAUGUACGUCACGAGGCCCAUGGACCGGGAGGAGCGAGCCUCUUACCACCUCCGGGCCCACGCGGUGGACAUGAACGGCAACAAGGUGGAGAACCCCAUCGACCUGUACAUCUACGUCAUCGACAUGAAUGACAACCGCCCCGAGUUCCUGAACCAGGUCUACAACGGCUCCGUGGAUGAAGGCUCCAAGCCAGGCACCUACGUGAUGACAGUCACAGCCAAUGACGCGGAUGACAGCACCACAGCCAACGGCAUGGUGCGGUACCGGAUUGUGACCCAGACCCCUCAGAGCCCAUCCCAGAACAUGUUCACCAUCAACAGCGAGACAGGGGACAUCGUGACGGUGGCAGCAGGCCUGGACCGAGAGAAAGUGCAGCAGUACACGGUCAUCGUGCAGGCCACCGACAUGGAAGGCAACCUCAACUACGGGCUCUCAAACACGGCCACGGCCAUCAUCACGGUGACAGACGUGAACGACAACCCCCCUGAAUUCACCACGAGCACAUUUGCAGGGGAGGUCCCUGAAAACCGGGUGGAGACGGUGGUCGCCAACCUCACCGUGAUGGACCGCGACCAGCCCCACUCGGCAAACUGGAACGCCGUCUACCGCAUCAUCAGCGGGGACCCGUCGGGGCACUUCAGCAUCCGCACAGACCCUGUCACCAACGAGGGCAUGGUCACUGUGGUGAAGGCCGCAGACUACGAGCUGAACAGGGCCUUCAUGCUGACGGUGAUGGUGUCCAACCAGGCGGCCCUGGCCAGCGGGAUCCAGAUGUCCUUCCAGUCCACGGCAGGGGUGACCAUCUCGGUCACUGACAUCAACGAGGCGCCCUACUUCCCGUCCAACCACAAGCUCAUCCGCCUGGAGGAGGGCGUGCCGGCAGGCACUGCGCUCACCACCUUCUCCGCAGUGGACCCUGACCGCUUCAUGCAGCAAGCCGUGAGGUACUCCAAGCUCUCGGACCCCGCCAACUGGCUGCACAUUAACGCCUCCAACGGUCAGAUCACCACGGCUGCCGUCCUGGACCGCGAGUCGCUCUACAUCAGAAACAACGUCUAUGAGGCCACCUUCCUGGCUGCCGACAACGGGAUCCCCCCGGCCAGCGGCACUGGGACUCUGCAGAUCUACCUCAUCGACAUCAACGACAACGCGCCCGAGCUGCUGCCCAAGGAGGCGCAGAUCUGCGAGAAGCCAGGCCUCAACGCCAUCAACAUCACCGCUGCCGACGCCGACGUGGACCCCAACGUCGGCCCCUACGUCUUCGAGCUGCCCUUCGUCCCCGCCACGGUGCGGAAGAACUGGACCAUCACCCGCCUCAACGGUGACUACGCCCAGCUGAGCCUGCGCAUCCUGUACCUGGAGGCCGGGAUGUACGAUGUCCCUAUCACCGUCACCGACUCCGGGAACCCUCCCCUGUCCAACACCUCCAUCGUCAAGGUCAAGGUGUGCCCGUGUGACGAGAACGGCGACUGCACCACUGUGGGCGCCGUGGCGGCAGCCGGGCUGGGCACAGGCGCCAUCGUGGCCAUCCUCAUCUGCAUCGUCCUCCUGCUGACCAUGGUCCUGCUGUUUGUGGUGUGGAUGAAGCGGCGGGAGAAGGAGCGACACACCAAGCAGCUGCUCAUCGACCCCGAGGACGACGUGAGGGACAACAUCCUCAAGUACGACGAGGAGGGCGGAGGCGAGGAGGACCAGGACUAUGACCUCAGCCAGCUGCAGCAGCCGGAAGCCCUGGAGCACGUGCUGAGCAAGGCCCCUGGAGUGCGGCGGGUGGACGAGCGGCCAGUGGGCGCUGAGCCCCAGUACCCAGCCAGGCCUGUGGUACCCCACCCAGGUGACAUCGGGGACUUCAUCAACGAGGGACUUCGCGCCGCUGACAAUGACCCCACCGCACCGCCCUACGACUCCCUGCUGGUCUUCGACUACGAGGGCAGCGGCUCCACCGCGGGCUCCGUCAGCUCCCUGGGCUCGUCCAGCUCGGGGGACCAAGACUACGACUACCUGAACGACUGGGGGCCCCGCUUCAAGAAGCUGGCCGACAUGUACGGGGGCGGCGAGGAGGACUAG